GGAAGCGUGUUUAGCGCAGAGCUCACGCGCCGUACGGAAGUGUGCUCUGGCGCACCGGAAGCUGCCGGAAGAGAGCGAUGGCGGGUUUGACUGUGAGAGACCCUGCGGUGGAUCGUUCUCUGCGUUCGGUGUUCGUGGGGAACAUUCCAUAUGAGGCUACUGAAGAGCAAUUAAAGGACAUCUUUUCUGAGGUUGGACCUGUUGUUAGUUUCAGGUUGGUAUAUGAUAGGGAGACAGGAAAACCAAAGGGUUAUGGCUUCUGUGAAUACCAAGACCAGGAGACAGCACUUAGUGCCAUGCGAAACCUGAAUGGGCGUGAGUUCAGCGGGAGAGCACUCCGAGUGGACAAUGCUGCCAGUGAAAAGAACAAAGAAGAACUGAAGAGCCUUGGCACUGGUGCCCCUGUCAUUGAGUCACCUUAUGGAGAGACCAUCAGUCCUGAGGAUGCCCCUGAGUCCAUUAGCAAAGCAGUUGCCAGUCUUCCACCAGAGCAGAUGUUUGAGCUGAUGAAACAAAUGAAGCUCUGUGUCCAGAAUAGUCCCCAGGAAGCACGGAACAUGUUGCUUCAGAACCCUCAGCUGGCUUAUGCUUUGCUACAAGCACAGGUAGUGAUGAGAAUUGUGGAUCCAGAGAUUGCCCUGAAAAUUCUGCAUCGCCAGACAAAUAUCCCAACGCUGAUUGCAGGCAACCCUCAGCCAGUCCACAGUGCUGGGCCUGGCUCAGGAUCCACUGUGUCAAUGAACCAGCAGAAUCCUCAGGCCCCUCAGGCCCAGUCUUUGGGUGGAAUGCAUGUCAAUGGUGCACCUCCUCUGAUGCAAGCUUCUAUGCAGGCUGGAGUUCCAGCUCCAGGGCAGAUACCAGCAGCUGUAACAGGACCUGGUCCUGGUUCCUUAGCUCCUGGAGGAGGAAUGCAAGCCCAGGUUGGAAUGCCAGGAAGUGGACCAGUGUCCAUUGAACGGGGACAAGGAACCCUACAGCACUCGCCCGUGGGACCCGCCGGGCCUGCAUCAAUUGAGCGAGUUCAAGGGCAGAGAACAUGGAUGAUAUGGGCAUCUGUCCGAGGCUGUACUCCCUCCCUACUGGUGUCAGGAGGCUUGGAUGGAAUAGCAGUCUUGCCGAUGCAGGACCCCAGAGCCGCUAUGCAGCGUGGGCCCUUGCCUGCCACCGUCCCAACUCCUCGAGGUCUAUUGGGAGACGCUCCAAAUGACCCGCGUGGAGGCACUUUACUUUCUGUAACUGGAGAGGUAGAGCCUAGAGGUUACCUGGGACCACCUCAUCAGGGUCCACCCAUGCACCAUGUCCCGGGCCAUGACAGCCGUGGCCCACCCCCACAUGAGUUGAGGGGAGGGCCAUUAGCUGAGCCCAGACCUCUAAUGGCGGAGCCAAGAGGACCCAUGCUAGAUCAGAGGGGUCCACCCUUGGAUGGCAGAGGCGGAAGAGAUCCCCGAGGCAUAGAUGCACGGGGGAUGGAGGCACGAGCCAUGGAGGCUAGAGGAUUAGAUGCCAGAGGAUUGGAGGCCCGUGCUAUGGAAGCCCGUGCGAUGGAGGCCCGUGCGAUGGAGGCCCGCGCGAUGGAGGCCCGUGCGAUGGAGGCCCGUGCAAUGGAAGUCAGAGGGAUAGAGGCCAGAAGUAUGGAUACAAGGGGCCCGGUCCCUGGCCCUAGAGGCCCUAUGCCUAGUGGAAUCCAGGGUCCCAGUCCAAUUAACAUGGGCGCAGUUGGCCCCCAGGGAUCCAGACAGGUCCCAGUCAUGCAGGGAACAGGCAUGCAAGGAGCGAGCAUUCAGGGUGGAGGUCAGCCUGGGGGCUUUAGUCCUGGCCAGAACCAAGUUACCCCACAGGAUCAUGAGAAGGCUGCUUUGAUCAUGCAGGUUCUUCAGCUGACUGCAGACCAGAUUGCCAUGCUGCCUCCUGAGCAAAGGCAGAGUAUCCUGAUCUUAAAGGAACAAAUACAGAAAUCCACUGGAGCACCUUGAAAGGUUUUCAAAAAUACCUGGCAACAAAUCGGGAAAUUAAUUCCAUAACUUUGUUGAAAUGUUGCAAAAAGAUGACUUCUGCAUCCUAACCCUUGAAUGACUCAAAUUGGUGCCAGGUGGAGGAUUCCCAUCACCUUCUCUCAGAACAAAAUCAGUUCAUUCUGUUGUCUUAGUUUGUAUAUUUUCUGUGACUUGAAAUAAACUUUGAACACAAUUUUAGUAUACUGCAAAUUGAUAUACACGACCUUUUUGCUUUUAAAAGGCUGAACACCAAGGGUGAAACCUUAGAUGUGUUUUCAACCCUUACCGCAGUAUUGUACUUUAAUGUUAUAUUGCCAUAGUUCUGUUUUUCCUUUAAGUUAACCACUUAUUCUUCUUGGUGAUAUUUGAGAAUUUCUCAGAAGCAAUGUUUUCUGGAACUUAGUUUUUGCUUUGUUUGCUUCCAGCAGGAAUAAUAAGAUUUGCCCUUUGAGAACUUGCUAGAACUUCUGAGUUUACGGGGAGAAAAUAGCCCCUGCUUAGAGCUAUUAAAUGGUCAGAAGGCCAACAAAGCAAAGAGCCUAGCAGAGCAGUGUAUUUAGUUUAGGAAAAUCUAAUGAUCAAAAUGCACUUUUUUUUAUCAAUAGCAGGUUUAUUCACAUGCAUAUUUCAGAGCUAAGACAAAAAUGUUAUAUUGGCACUGGUUCAAGUGUGUCAGCAACACAGGAGACUGUUAACAUUUACCUGUCUGUUCUAAACCUCUUCAGUCUUGGUAGUCAACCUUAAAAGUUAAAGAAGCCACUAACUUUUCACAUGUUCAAGAUGAAGUAAAAACUAAAUAGAAAUCAAAGGAACAAAAUACAUUUCAUUCUGCCUUCUAGAUAAUCACUAACUUAUAGCCUUCCCCCAUAACCAAAUUUAUUUUGGGAAAUUAAAACAUAGAAAACCCUAAAACUUUUACAUUCUUCUCAUUUAUUUUAAGAGGACCAAAUGUAGAUCACAAGCAGUCAGAUUGCCCAUUAGGCCUGCCCCUGCCUGCUUCCUUACAGAUGGAUGUGACAGUAAUUAGUGCCACUCGCUCUGACCUAUGGCUCCUCCUACCUAGUAUUCUCUCUCUCAUAGUGGCAUUAAGGAGGAACAUGAUUUCUCUCCCAUCAGGCCAACCUCAAGAGGUUAAGAGAUGCCUUAAUAAUUAGUAAAGUUCCACUGGAACUAUUCUUUGAACCUAUUUAUAUUCUCAGAAUCCUACCCUCUGGGUGAGGAUUAUGGUCAAGUGAAUUAAAAGCCUGCCAUAGGCUUAGAGAAUGUAAUAGCAUAUUGCUUACAUGUCAAGCAAAAGAAUGCAAUGAUAAUCAACUUUAUGAGAGACAUUGAAAUUGAGGGAUUUUCUAUUCUGAUAUAUAAACGUUUACUACGACAAAAAUUUGCUGAAUAAGCUACUUCAUAUUACAACCUAGGAAGAAAAACGCUCAAAACAGCUGGGGAGCUUUCUGGGUCUCCUGCUCAUCCCCAAUUCAGGCUUGGAUGUUGAUUAUACAUAGGAUUUAUUAUUAUCAUUACCUUUUCUGCCUACUUCCAUGAAUAUUCUAGGCCUUAACAUGUUGAUUUUAGCAGUAGUCCUAUCUCAAAGUAUUGAUAUAGUUAGACAUUGAAACCGAGAGUGAAGCCUUUCUCAUUAGGAACUCAUUAUGUAAGUUUCAAGGAACACUAAGAUUCCAGAUCAAAAUCAACGAAGAUCAAAUUAUGUAGUCAGCAGUUGUCUAAGAGGAA